CGGAAGUUGGGCCGGGAAUGGGCGGGGCCGGGGCGGAGGCGGGGCCAAGGCUGCAUACUUGACUGUGCGCUCUAGGGGACCCCACUCCCGACAGGGCGACUUCCCCUGAGCCGCCGCAGGACGGAAAGCGGCAUGAGGUGUCCUCUGCGCGCCGCCGGCUCCGGCCACAGCCCCGCCUGGAGAAGGAUGCUUCUAACAGGCAGCCUGCUCGCAUUCUUCACCUGCUCUGCCUCCUCGGAGCUGCCCUCCUCUGCGUCUCUGGACUCCUUGACCGAAGGAGCCGAUGCCCACCUGCCAGUCCCCAGAAGCCUCGAUGGCGUUCUCUCCGCUUCUUGGUUCCGAGGGCACGAGGCCCAGCCAGAAGCCAUGAUCUUCUCCCCUGAGGGCCUCCCGGGGCCCGGCCACACUGGCCGGGAGACGCUGGAUACCCAAGGCAGCCUGGUCAUCAGAAAUGUGACAACUCAAGAUGCAGGCAGCUACACCGUGGUGCUGGAAACCAGCAGGGGACGCAGGAGUGUGACGGAGCAGAUACAGGUCAAUGCCAACUCUGAAGGCGUGCCACUGCUGACUUUCCCGGGCAAUACACAAGGUAUCCUCCGGGGUGAACUCCUCUACUCAGUGAUCCUGCAGUGGGUGGCUUCCAUCGAACCUGAACCUGUGCUACGAUGGACCUUCAACGGGCAUCCUCGCGGGAUCGGGGAGAGGCUGAUUAUCCAGAGGUUGUCCUUGGAGGAUCUGGGCACCUGUGUAUGCUUGGCCGAGAACAGCCAGGGAAUGUAUUUCUCCCAGCCUGUGGCUAUCAUGCUGCCACAAGCCGUCGUGGAUCCCACAGACCCUGUGCCCAUCGAGCCGAACCCUACCCUCUCCCUGUCAGGAAGCUCUGCCUUUGCCCUCACUGUGGCCGCACCUGUGGUACUGGUCGGAAGCACGGUCUUCACCAUAAUCUGGAAGCUAAGGUACCUGCCUUCCCUCCUUCCCAUCCACUCAGCCCCCACAAGGUGCAGAGCUCACUCUGCAGCAAGACUGAAGCCAAACCAACUGCCUCAUCCCAAGGAGCUUAAAGCUUAUUCAGGGAGGAUGACAUUGACCCCUGCUGUGCCCAUCCAACUCAUCAGUUCCCAAAGUGGCCCCAGGGGAGCAAAGAGACAGGAGAGGGUUCUGGAGGUGGGUUCAAAUCCCAGCUCCGUCACUUACCCACAGUGA